AUGCGUCGUCUGCAGCGCACUACUCUGCGCUUUGGCGUGCUCGCCAUGACGCGACGGGCUAUUAUCCCGGGCCACAUCCCUACCGAGGGCACGGGGCCCAGCGGCAAUAAUCAAGGCUGGGAGAUGCGCCGCGGCCACCAUCUGCAGAGUAGUAUCGGUCUUCAUACUCCUAUCAAGACAGCUUGCGGCCGCGAGUUUAACCCACAGGUCUACUAUGAGGUGCUGCAGGCGUGCUGCGAUCAGCAGUGGUUGGUCGCCAUCCAGCGUGAGCUGCGGACGGACACCGAGUACAUCAACUACCUGCGCCAGCAUGGCGGAGCCGCCAAGGACAUGCGAAUUCUCACCGACGGUGUGCAGCAUGAUGAUGAAUUCAUGGCGAAGCUGAAGGAGAAGCUCAAGACGGAUGAAAAAGUGUCACUGACGCUGUGCGCGGUACAGCAGAGCUACGAGCGCAUCCGAAAGAAGCGCGACCUUCAUGAGACGCAGGUGGCAGCGGACGGCGGCCGGGACCCAUAUGCUUCUAUGAAGGCAAGCCGAAAGGGGGACUUUGGCUCUCAGAUGCCCCAGUUUUAG